AGAGACCACAACAUCUUGUUAUUUUUGGGACAAUACCCCCCGUGAAAGCACAACUCGCAACCCCAAUAUUCACCUUGGUGUUGAUUUUCUGAAUAUGUUUGCGAAGAUUAUCACCCCAUUAUCGUUACCUCCUUGUUGUAUGCAGAUUUAGCUUAUACCUAUGGGACAACCUCCGUAGCGUUUCAAUGGUACUUAAUUCUUUGCGAAGUACAGUGAAGCAUUUUGAAGAUCACUAGCGGCUACCGAUGCAGGUGUAAUCGCCUUCUGUUCAGCGAAACUUCGAUGACUCCCAGAAGACAGUAAAUGGUUUGGUCGCUCUACUAUGUUGAACAAGUGUCCUGAGGAAAAUCUCUUCCUUGUAUAACAAGCAGCUUUCGUCGACUUGCGAACGGUCUGCAGUCAAUUUUUCUGCGUCGGGGGUAAGUCAGCUUUUUUUUCACUGGUGCUCCUGGCUAGAAACGAUUUGCUGUAGCGCUUCGGAAGUACAUGUGGGCUAGAUUUUGUCGAAACCUGAAGGGGUUCUCGUCACAACGGUCCACUCCAGUACCCGAGAACACGGUAGGACUGCGUGGUCAAAGGAAAGCGGAGUGUUCAAAUCUGGAAUGAGACUCCAACCACAUAUUUCAUCGAACGCAGCCUUUCACUGGGGACACGGCGGGAUCAAACAGUCUUUUGCCUGCGACACUGCGUUACGGAUCCAGACGCUAGAAGUUAUUCUCCGCGGACUCCACUGCCCUCCGUUGUUGCGGUCGUCGGUCUCUGCUCGUACUUUUCGGAGUUUGUAACCACAGAACUACGCGAAGAUGUUUAACGGAGCGUUUUUUCGGAACAUGAAGGAGAAGAUGUUCGGGGUGCCGAGACGGUCAAAUGCCUUCGAUGGGGAGCGGUCGACGCUUACAGAGUUCGAUCGCUUCAUCUCAACUGUUUUGACAACCGCGCAGGACUUCUCAAUGUCGAUGCAGAAGCUGGCCACGCUACACGAUAAUCUCUUUCAGGUGAGUCUGCAAUUUCUAUUGGAGAAAAUUGCCUUUACUCUUUGAUCUUCCCAGCGCGAUGUCACGAAUGCACAUCAAUCACUCGUAAUCCCUAUCAUUUUCAGCUUUGCGAUAGUCUCUAUCCGGUAGGAAUGCCAGCAAGAACGAAUGUAGUGGCUAUCAAGGACCUGUUGGAGAUAUUCGCGCAGCGCUACAACAAAGCGGAAGAAGUGGUAUUCAUUGAUUUUUACGUGCUCAACAAUUACUGAGGAUUGAAUUCUCUUCUCGUUGAGGAGAGAGGAUGAACAAUGUAAUGAGACGCCUAUGAAGUUCAUCUCAACAGCAACUGAAUUUUCGUGACUCUGUGUAUCCUAUGAUCCUGAAAUUGAAAAUUCGCUCCAGUUGCAGCACAUUCGAGACUCAGCAGGGCAGGCGUCUCAGAAAAAUCAGACGGUGUUUGCUGCGUUGGAUUCAAUGGAUAAGUUACAAGGCCUCCUAAACCAUUACGACGAGAAGCUACGGAAACUGAAGGAGCAGUUGCAGGAUGUACAGAGAUCAGGAAAUCAACAAAGGUAGCUGCUAUGUUUAGAUUUGAGCAGUAUUAGAUGUUGCUGAACGCCUGAUGACAUUGAACAGCGGAAGAUGUGAAAUAGAAAAUGAUUGAUGCGUGAGUCUCCUGAGGAACAAGAUUCCAAGGAAUUUUCUUAAGUUGAGUGUAAAACAAGAUGAACCUUUCUCAUCUGUCAGGAUUGACGGUCUCGUGACGAAGAUCCAUCGCAAUGAGGGCAAGCGAAACGGACACAAAACGGCCUACGAUAAGGUGACUCGCGAUGUGGACUUUGAUUUGAAGGAUAUCAUCGAAAAUCGUGUGCGAACUGCGAACUAUCUCAUUUCGGAACUCGCUGAACUGUAUGCAGUAGCCUUCGACGAUCUUCAGAGAGUGUUGACGCUUCUGCGCGAGCAAGGUGCGCAGUUGAAAAUCCAGGCCGGGCGGGAAGGAGGUCGCGACAGCGUGAUGAGUCCAGGCCGACUCGGGUCGAAUCUCGCGCCACCAGAUGCACCUGGCUCGUUCGCUGGAGGCUCCAUGGGCGGACCCGGUUCUAGUUUUGGCGGGCCACCAUCUGCCGGCGAUUUUCAGAACAAAGGUAGUGGUCCGCCGCCAGGCUCUUCAGUCGGAAUGGGAAUAGGAAGUUCCCAAUUCGGUCCAGGAGGCGCAUCAAGUAGCAGUAGUGCACAUCCAGGUAGUGGAAUGAAAGGUGGGAUGCAACAGCCAGGCAUGGGAUCCUCAAUGGGCGGAGGAGGUGGUCCGUCACCGGGAGCGAUGCCAGGAGGCAAGGGUAUGCCGCCAGGACCUCAAGGGGGGCCGCAGUAUGGAGGACCUCCAGGAGGUGGUGGCUAUCAACCACCGAGUGGCGGUUAUUCUCCGAACACACCAGGAGGUGGAUUCGCGCUUCCAGGUCGAGAACCUAGCUAUGCGAGCGGUGGGCCACCCGCUUACGGUGUGAGCCCAGGAUCCUCGCCUUACAACUCGCCGAUGGCUCCUGCGCAACAGGCGAGUGCAUGGGGUCAACAGUCUCCGCCUCCUCCAAUGAACUACUUGGCACAGCCACCACAACAUGCUGGACCACCAUCAGGGAAUUAUGGAGCACCACCACCAGGCGCAGGUCAAUAUGGUGGUGGACCGCCACCUGCUGGUCAAUACGGUGGCGGGCCUUCUCCAGGAUACGGUGGCGGCGGACCGCAACACCUUCCACCAAGCGGAUACGGCGCUCCACCACCAGAAGCACAAUUUGCGCCACCACCUGUGGGAGGAGCACGAAACCCAGCGAUAGGUAGGAGUAGUGACACACCGACAAUAGCGAGCCCAGAUCAAGCAGGGGGGAAGAGGAAAAAGAAGAAAGCACCACAGAGCGAAGAUUUCGGAGGUUUUUGAGUGGUGGAUAAACAACCUGUCUUUUUCGUUUCAAAGCUGUGUUGUGUUUUGGUGAAUUCGUACAUUAAUAUUCCCCUCUGCAGCUCUACCUACGCAUUAGAGAGAACGCAAGUUGUUUAUUGCUUUUUAUAGAAAAGGUGGCUUAGUACGCAUACUUGAUGCUUUUACCCAACAAAAACGACGCUGGAAAGAUGACGUGGCGCAAAGUCGU